AUGUCUGAUACUAAUACGUCUAGUAACGAUGUUGAUCGAGAGGAAUUUUAUCGGCGAGUUCACGAAUUGUUACAAAGUAAGACUGCGCCGAAUACGUUUCUGCUGACUGCAGCGAAGUACGCUCGAUUACUACUGCAAGUGAAAGAAGCAAAAACGAAAAUAAAAAAGGAACCGGCGGAUUACCGUCGAAUCAAAAGAUAUGAUAUCAUUUCAACUCCACAAGGCGAGCGACUUGUUAUGGCAAAUACCGAUGGUAAGAAACAACAGAUGUUUGUUGGAUUGGAGGAGAUUUAUGACAUUAUACGAGAGUACCAUAUAAAAAUGAACCACGCAGGGCGAACACGCUUAAUGAACGCUAUUAAGCCAAAAUAUAAAAACAUUACCACUCAAAUUGUUAUGCUUUAUUUGUCACUUUGCGAAGGUUGCAAGAAUAAAGUCGUUAAGCGAAAUAGAAUUUUUAAACAGUCGGAUAAUUCUUAUAGUGAAAUGGUAUUAGGAACUGAAAAGUCAAACGAAGUAGCCGACACGAACCCUUUGAAAAUAGAAGUUGCACGCGAGUUUGUUUCCACUGAGGGCCGAGAAGAUUUUUCUGAUUGUGAUAUGGAGAGCAUAGAAGAAGAUAGUAAAAUUUUUCCAGAACUAUUUUCAAGAGGUCAAAUGGAUAUAUUAGAUGUCAUGACCGUAUCAGGGGAUAAUUAUAAAUAUUUGAUGGUUUAUAGAAACCUUGUGACAAAGUUUAUUCAUUUGAAGCCUUUGAAAACUAUUAAUAUAGAAGAAAGCGUCGAUGCCUUGUUGGAUAUUUUUCUUGUAUUUGGCGCUCCAAACAUUUUACAAUCAAAGAAUGGUAUAUCUGUGACGAAACAAAUUUGUCGUAGAAUGUAUACUGUGUUUCCAGAAAUUAAAGUGAUGGCUGGUGAAGUGACUUUAAAUAAAAUAGUUUUCAAAGGAGAAUCUAAUGAAGAUAUAUUAAAGCUGUUACGCGAUUGGUGUAAAGAUAAUAAGACACAAAUGUGGUAUCAAGGUGUGAAAUAUGUCCAACAUAUGUUAAAUAGUACAUUUAAUAUAGAAAUUUGUCGAACACCCAGUGAGUCCGUCUUCGGUAGUAAUCCGAAGAAGGGAAUAGCGUCAUUUAUGGGGAAGAAUGACUAUGACCACCUAGUGACAGAACAGGAUUUGAAAACAGCUUUAGAAGAAAAGGAAUCUGGCAAAAACUCAGAACAAUUGCUUCUAGAAGAAUCAUUGAUACCUUCUUGUAGCUUUAUCAAAUUGGAAAUGGAGACUAAUCAAGAAUUUAAUGACGAUGAUAGUAGUCAAGAUAAU